UUUCCUUACGCACGCUGCGCGCUGACGUCAGCCUCUGACGUCGUCGCCCCAGCGCCGGCUCCCGGCGGGGCUGCGGCCGCCGACCGUUGGGCCGCGUGCUGAAGUCCCUCCCUUAGAAGCCCCCUCCCGCCACCCUCCACCUCCGAACCGCUCUCGCGGCAGCGAUCCAUGUGGGGGUUCAGGCUCCUGCGGUCGCCGCCGCUGCUGCUCCUGCUGCCGCAGCUCGGAAUCGGAAACGCCUGGUGCUGCUCUCAGGCCAGAACCAUGAACCCGGGCAGCAGCAGCGGCGCGCGAUGCUCCCUGUCGGCCGAGGUGCGCCGCCGGCAGUGCCUGCAGCUGUCCACUGUGCCCGGAGCAGAUCCUCAGCGCAGCAACGAGUUGCUCCUGUUGGCGACGGCCGGGGAGGGGCUGGAGCUGCAGGACCUCCCCGGGGACCCUGCGAAGGAGGAGCCGCAGCCGCCGCCCCAGCAUCACGUUCUCUAUUUCCCUGGGGAUGUGCAGAAUUACCAUGAAAUUAUGACUCGUCAUCCUGAGAAUUAUCAAUGGGAAAACUGGAGUCUAGAAAAUGUUGCCACCAUUUUAGCCCACCGGUUCCCCAAUAGUUAUAUUUGGGUGAUAAAGUGUUCCCGAAUGCAUUUGCACAAAUUCAGCUGCUAUGACAAUUUUGUAAAAAGUAACAUGUUUGGUGCCCCAGAACACAAUACUGACUUUGGAGCUUUUAAGCACCUUUAUAUGUUAUUAGUUAAUGCUUUUAAUUUAAGUCAUAAUAGUUUAUCAAAGAAAAGUUUGAAUGUUUGGAAUAAGGACUCCACAGGAUCUAACUGUAGAUCCAGUUCUUCUCAUACUACGAAUGGUUGCCAGGGAGAAAAAGAGAGGACCUGUGAAAAAUCUGAUGAGUCUACCAUGAGUUUUUAUCCACCCUCACUAAAUGAUGCAUCUUUUACUUUGAUUGGAUUCAGUAAAGGUUGUGUUGUUUUGAAUCAGUUGCUUUUUGAAUUGAAAGAAGCCAAGAAAGACAAGAACAUAGAUGCUUUCAUCAAAAGCAUAAGAACAAUGUAUUGGCUGGAUGGUGGUCAUUCUGGAGGAAGCAAUACUUGGGUUACUUAUCCAGAAGUUUUGAAAGAAUUUGCACAAACAGGGAUUAUCGUUCACACUCAUGUAACACCUUACCAAGUACGUGAUCCAAUGAGAUCUUGGAUUGGAAAGGAGCACAAGAAAUUUGUUCAGAUACUUGGGGAUUUUGGUAUGCAGGUGACUAGCCAAAUUCACUUUACAAAGGAAGCUCCUUCCAUAGAGAAUCACUUCAGGGUUCAUGAAGUAUUUUGAGAUUACACGUAUAUUAAUGAACUUGUUGAGUGGAAGAACAUAAGCAUUUUGAGUGUUAUAAAUUCAGAUAAUGGGAUGUAAUUCAUGGCUGCAUUGUCAGUUUUGGGGUAUGGGGGGGGAAGCACACAUUCCUAAAAUAUGAGUGUAAUGUGCAGUGGUAUUUUUUGCUUGUGAAUGUGAACAGUAAAAAUUUGGAUUGGGUUAGAAUUAAUUUGAAAUUUAACAAGGUGGUUUGUAAUAAUCCUGAGGAGAUAUAAGACCCUUAAAAAAUGAAAGUUACCCUAAAGUGCAAUAAAACACAUAUA